AUGAAGGUUGAGAUGAAGGUUGAGAUGAAGGUUGUGAUGAAGGUUGAGAUGAAGGUUGUGAUGAAGGUUGAGAUGAAGGUUGUGAUGAAGGUUGAGAUGAAGGUUGUGAUGAAGGUUGUGAUGAAGGUUGAGAUGAAGGUUGAGAUGAAGGUUGUGAUGAAGGUUGAGAUGAAGGUUGUGAUGAAGGUUGUGAUGAAGGUUGAGAUGAAGGUUGAGAUGAAGGUUGUGAUGAAGGUUGAGAUGAAGGUUGUGAUGAAGGUUGAGAUGAAGGUUGUGAUGAAGGUUGUGAUGAAGGUUGAGAUGAAGGACACGGGUGAGGUCACAGAUGAGGUCACGGGUGAGGUCGACGGAGAGGCGGACCACAUGACGCUGGAGACUCGAGACCCUCAUCCUCCUCAUCCUCCUCAUCCUCCUCAUCCUCCCACCCAGAGGGACAAUGAAGUCUCCACAUCCGAAGAUCAUGAUUAUUUCUGGAACAUUAUCACCAUUGCCAUCUUCUACGCUCUGCCUGUGAUGCAGCUCGUCUUCACUUAUCAAACGCUCGUUCAACCACAUCCUCAGUAA